AUUGACUUGGUCAGCCUGCAUACCUGCUAAGCAUUACUGCUUUGUAACGUUGUAGAGUCCCCGCAGCCUACAUAUCUAAUGAAGCAAGGCUAUACUAUAUGGCGAGUCGAAAAUUAUAUAUUAUUUAGCCCUCUUCCCGUUUAGGUCCCAGUCUCUUUCAUUUUGUACCCUAUAUCUUUCCACCUCAAAAAGCUCCCCUCUCCAAAUAUUCAUACUAUGGAUGACAGCAGUUCCAUGGCUAGUUUCGAAGAGAUUGGCUCCUGUCAUAGGGCUCUUGGGUUGGGCGAGGAUAAGAACACUGAAAAACUCAAGACUCUCGUUGCGAAGUCAGCUGCCAAUGGCACCACAGCCACAGAUGUCGCCGAGGAUGAGGUUUCUGAUAUCUGUUAUGUGCUUCAGUACAAGGGAUUCGGUGGGAAGCUUGUGACUUUACAUCGUAGUCGAGAACCUAUCAAUAUCGAGCUAGAUGAAGUUGAAGAAGGAGGAUUUUCGAGGGAAAAGCCUAUUCUUGAGGUCGUAACUCGCGUCUCGAUCUCUGUGAAGAAGAACAGAUCGCAACUCGGCCAUCUUCCUUAUCCACGUCGUCACCAGUGGGAUCCUGUUUACGACUUCAGCGUGAACAAUGAGUAUUCCCAUCACCACACUCGCAAACAGGAACAUGAUAAAAACCCAGGGAUGAAUAUAGUCCAGGUCGAAAAGAAGUCCAUGGUCAUCCACUCAGUCCAUCUAAUCAAUGCUCUAAGAGCCAUGUUAGGGUAUUAUCCCGAUACGUCCCUUCUUGGAGACACUGUUACUAUCAACGCACCGUAUCACAUUCUCGCCCGUCACCAGGUAGCGCUUGCUCGCUACAGGACUAACCAACCAAAUAUCCAUGAUGAAGAAUAUGCCUUAACAACUGCAAAGCACAUCGACGUACUUCUUAACUUCCUUGAGGAAACAUUGGGUGCCCAGACCCGUGAAGAAGAGAAGAGACAUGAUAACAAGAUACCCACGGCCACCUUCGACAAUCUCUGGCUGAUAUUGAAACCUGGGGAUAUCAUAUAUGCCAAAUACGAUGAUCAGUGGACUCCGUUUAUGAUUUCUAGUGUUGUCGAUGGUUCAUCUGCCGACGAUAAUAGAACCCCAUAUAUUAUCAAUUGCUGGAAUAUUUCGUAUAUUUCUGGAAGAUUCUGCCGUACCAUGCACUCAUUUGAUAUUGAUCCCUUCAAUGGAGAGGAGAUAAUCAAAAACCUUGCCGUCAUACCUUACCGUUUCUUUCAGGGCGAAAAUAGCGAUGUCACUCCCCUAGAAGCUAUGGCCAAGCAGGUCCUACUCGGAAAGAGAACCUGGGAACUUUCAAAGGGACCAAAUCACAUGUUCUAUAACGGGCCUCUGGUUGAAAAGAAGUCGGACUUUGACCGGGAUUAUCCAGGUGCUACAGGCCACUUAGAAGGCCGUGUCAUUGUCGAUGGUGUUGGGUUCUCGCAUUACUCUUUUGAUCAUCCUGAAAGAAACAAUAUCCGGUCACGAGCACGCUCUCCUCCGCCUAAUCGCACACCGCCGCGCAAAGAUCAACUCCCCUACUUUGCCCCAAGAUGCACCUGUAGUGCUUGUACCAAAGCAGAUUUAAAGGAGACGCUGAGCCUAUUUGUUGCCUUCCAGGACCUUGACCCAACUAGAGACUCGGCGCCGGAAGUCGACCUCUACUACGUACUGUUGAGUAAGAUUGUUUCCGGGUUCAUACUUCGCGAUCGACGCUGGGGUCAUUUCAAUGUUAAGCAUCUUCAAUACGUAGAGUUCGACAAAGAAGCUUUCAAGUACCUCGUACUGGAUGAUGAGGUAAAGCUUACGGUUCGGUCACUCAUUGGUAGGUUUGCCAAUACCCAUGGCCAGGUCAGUCCGUGGCCAAACGACUUCGUCAAGAACAAGGGUCAAGGUCGAAUCUUCCUCCUCCACGGACCUCCAGGCGUAGGCAAAACUUGCACCGCCGAAUGUGUUGCAGAGCUCACCUGUCGUCCUCUUCUCUCACUCACAAGUGGUGACCUUAAUAUUGAUUCUUAUAAUGUUGAGAGAAGCCUCGAAUAUUUCCUGAAACUGGGCGAACGGUACGGUGCCGUUGUAUUGAUCGACGAAGCGGACGUGUACCUCGAAGCGCGACACAUGCUUGACAUAUCACGCAACAAGCUAGUCUCAGUCUUCCUUAGGGCGCUUGAAUACCACCGAGGCAUUCUAUUUCUUACAACGAAUCGAGUGCAGACGUUUGAUUCAGCCUUCACGUCAUGUAUCCACGUGGCCUUACACUAUAAGUCGCUGACAGAUGCCGACCGAGAGAAGAUCUGGCUCAAUAGCUUUGAGAGGUUAGAACGCGACAGCGGUGGCAAGGUAUAUAUUAGCGUGGCGACACGCGAGUACGCCUACGAGAGCCAUGAUGUAAAGAGCCUACGCUGGAACGGCCGAGAAAUCCGCAACGCGUUGCAGACGGCCGUCGCCCUUGCAGAGACGGAAGCGGUCGAAGACGACAGGGAUAAAGUUACGGUCACCGAUAAGCAUCUAAGGGCUGUAGUUAAAAUGAGCCGUGGCUUUAAAAGUUUCCUGAGUCAGCAGAAGAAAAGGACCAAUGAUGACGUCGAGAAGGAUGACGAAGAAGAAAUCGAGGAUAAUUGAGAAGGCUCCGCC